UAUAGGAAAGAGGAGAACUGGUUCCAAGAGGUUGUGGAGGAGUAACUACCACACAAUUCCUUAUGCUCACUACACACAUUUGCUUUUAGCACAGAAGAGCUAUUCUUCAGAUAUCAAUGGCCAUGCACAACACAAGUAGCUACAACACUGGCUCCUUCACCCUUUCAGGCAUCCCUGGACUUGAGCAGUACCAUGUCUGGAUCAGCAUCCCUUUCUGCUUUAUCUAUUUGGUGGCCAUCGUGGGCAACAGCAUCCUUCUCUACCUCAUUGCAGUGGAAAACAGUCUGCAUUCCCCCAUGUUCUUCUUCCUUUCCAUGUUGGCCAUGACUGACCUCAUAUUGUCUACCACCUGUGUCCCCAAGACCCUUAGCAUCUUCUGGUUUGGCCCUCAGGAAAUCAGUUUUCCUGGCUGUCUGACCCAGUUGUUCUUCCUGCAUUACAGCUUCGUCUUGGACUCAGCUAUCUUGCUGGCUAUGGCAUUUGACCGCUAUGUGGCCAUCUGCUCACCCUUGAGAUAUACCACUAUUCUUACACCCAAAGCUAUUGUCAAAAUUGCUGUAGGAAUCUCUUUCCGAAGUUUCUGUGUUUUUGUCCCGUGUGUUUUCCUUGUGAACCGCCUACCCUUCUGCAGGACACACAUCAUUGCCCAUACCUACUGCGAGCACAUCGGUGUUGCCCGUCUGGCAUGUGCAGAUAUCUCCAUCAACAUCUGGUAUGGAUUUUGUGUUCCUAUCAUGACAGUGAUUAUAGAUGUGGUCCUUAUAGCCAUCUCCUACACUCUCAUCCUAUGUGCUGUUUUUCGUCUUCCCUCCCGAGAUGCACGCCAGAAGGCCCUGGGCACCUGUGGUUCUCAUGUCUGUGUCAUCCUCAUGUUCUAUAUACCAGCAUUCUUCUCCAUCCUUGCUCAUCGCUUUGGACACAAUGUCCCUCGCACUUUUCACAUCAUGUUUGCCAACCUAUAUGUAAUUAUCCCACCUGCGCUCAACCCUAUUGUCUAUGGAGUGAAGACCAAGCAGAUACGGGAUAAAGCCAUUCUUCUGCUCUUUCCCAAAUCGUCCCAGUGACAGACAGAUGCCUGAGGUCUUGGAUCUGCAGGCCAGUUCAUAAAGUACAGUAGGUCAAAGGCUGAACCUACAGCCACUGGCUUCCGAGAGAGGACACAUGGAACUACUCUUCCUAAUCAGAGUUGGGGUUUUGUUUUCUUAGUUAUUUUAUGCAGAAGCCUACUCAACCAUUUUAGUUUUAGGAAAAGAACCUCCGACAUUAGAAGAAAAAAGAUAUCUAUUUCACUUCUGAAAAUAAACAACUUAUCUUAAAUAAAAAUCUUGCAAUUCUCUUUGGUUAUGCUA